AUGAAAUGUCUAUAUAUCUUGAGUGGACAUACGGAUCGUAUUUAUUCGACAAUCUACGAUCAUGAAAGAAAAAGGUGCAUCUCUGCCAGUAUGGAUACCACUAUUAGAAUUUGGGAUUUGGAAAAUAUAAGGAAUAAUGGAGAAUGUUCCUACGCAACAAAUUCAGCAUCGCCAUGCGCCAAAAUACUUGGUGCUAUGUACACUUUGCGGGGUCACAGAGCCCUAGUCGGUUUAUUGGGAUUAUCCGAUAAAUUUUUAGUCAGUGCUUCUGUAGACGGUUCAAUAAGGUGUUGGGACGCUAACACUUACUUUCUGAAGCACUUUUUCGAUCACACGCAGUUGAAUACAAUCACCGCAUUGCACGUUUCUGAUGAGGUAUUAGUGAGUGGAUCUGAAGGUUUGCUCAAUAUUUAUGAUUUAAAUAGUGGGCUGUUAGUCCGUUCAGAUACAUUGAGUGGUGCUGAUAAUGUUUGGAACGUUAGUUUUAAGGACAACACACUUGUGGCAGCGGUAGAACGAGACAAGCGAAAUCUUUUAGAAAUUUUGGACUUUAGUUGA